AUGUCCACGAUGUCGACUACGAUGCUGGCAAAACGUUCGGUAAUGUACCAAGUCGACGAUCCAACUUUGCCUGGAACCGAGGGAGAUCAGUCGGUAAGAGUAGAUAAACACCGGAUAAUUGAAGGUGUGCAUACCAGCAUGGUGUGGCGUUCAGUAUGGACGCGGUCUCAGUUCGUGGUAUGGAAGAAGUUCAGUGGACAGUUGGUCAAGGGAUCGACUUGA